GGGGCAUUGAACGCGUCGGAAAACCGGGCGCUAGCGGCGUAAGACACUAGAACAGCAGGCGCAGUCAGCUUUUACAGCCUUCAGUCUCAGCGUAGGGGCCGAAAUCAAUCAUAUUCGUGAAGACAAAAGGUUUUCGCAGUGAUCUGAAACUUCACGCCAUCGACGCGAGCGCCAAAAUGUGGCCCAAACACCUCCUGCUGCUUGCAGCCAUCGGCAGCGCCUUCCUCCAAGACGCCGACAUGGAUUAUAAUGACGAAGACGUGACGAAUUUUUUUGAUGAAGUCGUGGUCCCCAUGCGCGAGGCGGCGAAGGAGGCGCUGCGGCCGCAGGCCGUUGUUGGUCCUACCAACGCUUCAUCAUUGCAAUGCUCGGCGGACCAGCUCACAGUCCGCAUCCUGGAGGCGGACCGCAAAUUAGUGAUAGUGGGCGGCGGCCCGGCCGGCUUCUCCGCGGCGACCUACGCCGCCCGAGCCGAUCUCGAACCGCUGGUAGUAGCAAGGGACUUCGGCCAACUAGAGGGUACAAGUACCGUAGACAACUACCCGGGCUUCCCCGAGGGCAUCGACGCGGUGGACAUGGUGCAGAGGUUCGAGAAGCAGGCGACGCGCUUCGGCGCGCAGAUCAAGUGGUGCGGAAUAGAAAGAGUAGAUUUAACCUGUCGACCCUUCAAGGUCUACUGCGAGGAUGGGGAAGUCAUGACGUCGUCGGCCAUCAUCAUUGCGACGGGCGCGUCGCCUCGGUGGCUCGGAGCGCCGGGCGAAAAAGAACUGUUGAGCAAGGGCGUGCACACGUGCGCGACGUGCGACGGCUACCAGUACAAGGAUAGACAUACCUUGGUGGUGGGCGGCGGCGACACGGCGAUGGAGCAAGCUUUAUUCCUGGCUCGGGUAUGCUCAAGAGUCACGAUCGUCCAUCGAGGGUCUUCUCUACGAGCGUCCAAGGCCAUGGCUGCUCGAGUGAUGCGGCACCCGAAGAUACUCAUGUUGUGGAACACGGUCGUCGAGGAGUUCAUCAAAGGCGACGACGGGUUAUUGAAGGAGGUGUCCGUAUUGUCCAUGGGCUCGACGACGACGUUGCAAGUGGACGGCGCGUUCGUCGCGAUUGGCCAUACGCCGAACACGGAGCUCUUCAAGGACUUGAGGAGGGACGACCACGGCUACGUGUAUACGCUGCCGGGGUCCACCGUCACGUCCAUCGCCGGCGUCUACGCGGCGGGCGACGUCGCGGAUCCCGUCUAUAGGCAGGCGAUCACGUCGGCGGGCACGGGCGCCAUGGCGGCGAUGGACGCGGAGCGGUGGCUCUGCGAGCACGGGUGCUAGCUUCCGCUCCGUGCAUGCACAUAUAAGUCUGUGAGUGUUGAGUUUCGGCCCGAAGCUAACUUACAAUCAAUGAAUCGCGUAAAACAAGCCAAAAAACAAUCCUCGGGCCUGACGCGGCGCCGAAGCCAGCCGAAGUCCCAGGCCGGGACCAUCACUAUCACAAUUAAUGUGCGGCGCCGCUGCCCGCACACGGGCCAGGAGUUGCCGACCGACGACGAGAUACGCAACACAGACUGGGUUACGCAAAAGGCGAGCAGUCUAAAAGAUCUGGUGCCCGAGCCCACACCGAUCGACCGCGAUCUGGUGCGGCAAUACGUCUUUCGUAGGGCGAGGGGCUCGUGGGUAGACCUUGCCGACAACGGUUACAACAAGCCGCGGCAU